AUGUCUGAAGAAAUUCCUGAAGUUCCUCUUGUACUUAUCUCUAAUCCUUACUUGGAAAAGAAGGCUGCUGUUGUUCGACAAAAGCCUAUUCUUUGGGAGGGUUAUGAGCGCGCUAGUUUAUUGAAACACGAACAAGUUGAGCUCAUCAAAGCUAUCGACAAAAAGUCUGCUUCCGUUGUUCAGAAUGCUAUGAAUGAAAAAGGACAAACGUAUGCUUCUCUUAUCAUGUAUUUGUUACAAAACUUGUCUCGACCUGACACUGUUCAAUAUGUUUGCUUAAUGACAGACGAUAUCUUUAUAGCUCAUGAAGACAAUACACGCUAUUUCCAUGAAACUGCUAAAGAAGACCCUUCAUUUCCUUUUGGUCCUUUUAUCAAAAUUCUCGAGACAGAUGAUGAUUUCAUGGCAUUAGAAGCAUCUAAAGUAUUGACUAUGCUUGCUUGUUCCGCUCCAUCACCCUCUAACGUGGAUCUUUCAGCUUUGUUUCGUUGGAUUACCAACAAACUGUCUGGUUCAAACAGUGAUGUUGUUCAUUUGGUGAUUCAAGAAUUAGAGUCUAUAUUACGUGUCAAUACUUAUCGUUUGGCUGUUUGGCAUACACAAAAUGCUGUUAAAGAGUUGACGCAUCGUUUGUUCUUAAACAAGACAGCAUCUACACCUCAAAUCCAAUAUCAAAUCAUCUUUUGUCUAUGGUUGCUUACUUUUGAACCAGAAAUCGCAGCCAAUAUCAAUGAAAAAUACGAUAUUAUUCCCUUGUUAGUUGAGAUUGCCAAGUCUGCUAUUAAAGAAAAAGUGAUUCGUGUGUCUGUAGCUACAUUAAGAAACCUUGUUGAAAAGGCUCCUGCUCAAAACUUGGCUGCUAUGCUAGUUACCAAGUUAUUGCCAUUUACUGAAAACUUGAGUACUCGUAAAUGGUCAGAUACUGAUAUUUUGGAUGACAUUAACUUUAUCAAGGAGAGAUUGCAAGAAAACUUUCAGAGUCUUACCACAUUUGAACAAUAUGCUUCUGAAGUCGAGACUGGUAAAUUGGAAUGGUCUCCUCCUCAUAAAUCCGAAGUUUUUUGGAAAGAAAAUGCACAGAAAUUGGAAGACAAUAACUAUCAAUUACUUAAGGCACUCGCUCGUCUUUUGAGUACAUCAAGCAAUCCUUUAGUCUUGGCUAUAGCUGCUAGCGACAUUGGUUAUUAUGUCAAACAUGCUACCAAAACAGGCAGAAAUAUGCUGCAAGAAAUCGGAGCUAAGCAACGUAUCAUGGAACUGAUGACACAUGAAGAUCAAGAAGUCAGAUACCAAGCCCUUUUGGCUGUUCAAAAAUAUAUGCAUCAAGCAUGGUAG